CCGCUGCGUCCAGACUUCCGCAAAACACCAGAAGAAGAAGAAGAGGAGCCAGAGACAGCAAAUACCGCACCUUCGACCAAGGCAAAGCAUGGCAAUGACCGGCCAGAGCUCGUGCUCCUCCAUGAGUAACCACACCAAGGAGCGGGUCACAAUGGCCAAAGUGACCUUGGAGAACUUCUACAGUAACCUCAUCGCGCAGCACGAGGAGAGGGAGAUGAGGCAACAAAAACUGGAGAAGGUGAUGGAUCAGGAGGGCUUGGCUGAUGAAGAGAAACGUAUCCGCCGAUCGGAGCACGCCAGGAAGGAGACGGAGUUUCUACGCCUGAAGCGCACUCGACUGGGUCUGGAAGACUUUGAGUCCCUGAAGGUGAUUGGCCGAGGAGCUUUUGGAGAGGUCCGCCUGGUGCAGAAGAAGGACACUGGUCAUGUCUAUGCCAUGAAAAUCCUCAGAAAAGCUGACAUGCUGGAGAAAGAACAGGUUGGUCAUAUCCGUGCUGAGAGGGACAUCCUGGUGGAGGCAGACAGCCUGUGGGUGGUCAAAAUGUUCUACAGCUUCCAGGAUAAGAUGAACCUCUACCUCAUUAUGGAGUUCCUGCCUGGAGGGGACAUGAUGACCCUGCUGAUGAAGAAGGACACUCUGACAGAAGAGGCCACUCAGUUCUAUAUUGCAGAGACGGUGCUGGCCAUCGACUCCAUCCACCAGCUGGGCUUCAUCCACAGAGACAUCAAACCAGACAACCUGUUGCUGGACUCCAGGGGUCACGUGAAGCUGUCUGACUUUGGUCUGUGCACUGGGCUGAAGAGGGCCCAUCGUACCGAGUUCUACAAGAACCUGAACCACAGCCUGCCCAGUGACCUCAGUAAGCAAACUUUCCAGAACAUGAACUCCAAGAGGAAAGCCGAGACCUGGAAGAGGAACAGGAGGCAGCUGGCCUUCUCCACCGUGGGAACCCCGGACUACAUCGCCCCGGAGGUCUUCAUGCAGAACGGCUACAACAAGCUGUGUGACUGGUGGAGCCUGGGCGUCAUCAUGUAUGAGAUGUUGAUAGGCUACCCUCCGUUCUGCUCAGAGACGCCUCAGGAGACGUACAGGAAGGUGAUGAACUGGCGAGAGACGCUCACCUUUCCUCCAGAAGUGCCUAUAUCGGAGAAGGCCAAAGACCUCAUCCUCAGGUUCUGCUGUGAGGAGGAGCACAGGAUCGGUGCUGUAGGCGUGGAGGACAUCAAGUCCAAUUCUUUCUUUGAGGGGGUGGACUACGAUCAUAUCAGAGAAAGACCUGCUGCCAUUCCCAUAAAUAUCAAAAGCAUCGACGACACUUCAAACUUUGAUGAAUUCCCUGAUUCAGACAUCCUCACGCCAACAACCACCCAGGUGUCCAAUCAGACCGAAGCCGAUCUGAAGAACAAGGACUGGGUCUUCAUCAACUACACCUACAAACGCUUUGAGGGCCUGACUGCUCGAGGAGCCAUACCGUCCUACAUGAAGUCAGGGAAGAGAUGAGCACGGUCAGACGGGCUCCUACCAACACCCCUAUGAACCCUGAAUGAGUUGUCCAACCGCCUGCUACGUGAGGAGCUUCAGCCCUGAAAGGAGAACUGUGACUCUGCUCUUUGUUACCGGAGCGACGAGGAGUUCUUGUCUUACAGGCCUCUGCAAAUAAUAAAGGGCCUUGUUGUCAUCCCUUGCUUUCCAUAGGAGACUCACCAUAGGAGCUGCUGUCUUCGUUUCUGCAGGUCUUCACUUCGAUGCUUCCGAGGGUACCUAUCUUCUUCCUGCUCACACAAUAAGACUGAAACGGGGUGAAAGUCUUUCUAUCCACUUGUUUUUUGCACCAGUGGAUGCGGUUGGAUGUCUCGACUCCUGAUACCAGCAUCAUUUACAUUCCCUCUCUGUAGACCAGCACCAUCCUGUCAGACCUACCAAGGGCUCUUCACUCCUUCCACCGUUUUUACGUUGACUCAUCAACUCAAACUUUGCAUUAAGUCGUUACUUGAAGUGAAUCAGGUGCUCUUCAGGGAUGCUGUCCAAAUGUUUCUUGUUGUUUCCGACAAGCUCUCGCUCUGAGGCUUCUCUCCAGUGCUGCUGGCUUCCUCCGGUGACCUAACCAAAGACUGUGAGCUGAAUGACGCUUCUGCUUGAUCUGUCUCGUCACUUCCUGUAACUUAGAGUUGUACUUUUAUAGAUUUGAGAUUUGCAAAUUCUGCUUGUUGAAAAGUGUGAAUAUAUGAGAAUUAUGCUAUGCUCUGCUUUUUUUUUAUAGAACGAACACAAGAGUCUUGUUACAGUUUGAGGAUGAUCCAUUUAUGUUCAAACACCGACGUGAUGAACCUCCGGCCCGGUCCGGCCUCCAGCCCUUAGACUGUGUGUGUGGACUGGGAGUGUGAGUUUAAAGCCACCAGUCCCUCAUCAGCGUCGACCUUUUAUUGUACGGCUGCACUAACAGCUUUUAAACUAUCAGUUCAUAUGUCUGGUAUUUUCACAGUUGAUCCAAGGCGACACUCUCGUGUCUUCUUUCUCCAAACAGUCUGAAACUUACUGAAAAUAUUAUAUGUAGACGAAUAUCAUCACAGCUGAAGGCGCUGAACCAGCAAAUGUUUAAAGAUAGCCUGAAAUGAUUGUGUGCUGUUACGAUGGUUGCAUUUUUCUGUCUUUUGCUGCAGCUUGUUCGUGUCUACGGUCGUAAUGUCUGGCUGCAGUUAAGGGCUUUUAAUUAUGAAUUGAUCUGCCAACUAUUAGCAAAACAUCAGAAGAUCUGGUUUAAGACGAGGCGAUGUUUAGCGUGUCCACACGUCAGCGUGUCACUCAGACCACGGAUUGUGCCAACUAGCUUAGCGUGGUGUAACGUAGCAGAAAACAUGGAAUAUGAAUGGCAGUGAACCCGGUUUAGUGGUUCUGUUACUGAUCCAGAUGGAAAAAACCCAACUAGCCUGUACCUAGUGAUGGCUUCACAUGGUGGGUUAGCUGUGGCCCAGUUCUGUUGGUUUCCUGUUCAGUCACCACCGCAGCCACAACACAGCGGCGUGCUGACCGUCUGAGGAAUGUUCCUUCGUCUGAGAGGUUUUCAUCUGUACCAGCGGUUGGUUGGAGGGGAUGGAGGGUUUUCUAGCGUCGCUACGUUAGGCUGUCGUCUGAAUGUGUGUGAUCAUGAUUAUUUUAGAGACACUUGGCGUGUUGGCUCCACAGCGCCACAGACCUGGUGGUGGAGUCGUACAAGCACAGGGCUCAAGGUUUUCCAGUGAACACAAUAUCCAAAUGCUGUCAUUUAAAAUGAAUGUAAAUGAAGUUUUAUGGAGAAUUUCUUUUCUUUCUUUUCUUUCUGAGGGGCUGUGUAUUGUGUUGUUUUGUUUUUUUGCCACAGUAGUUUUAAAUGCUGCUUGUGUGAAUGAAGCCUGGACCGGACAUGGUUUUCUUUUUUUAUUUGUCGUGACGGGUAAGGUAUGCUGUAACCAUGGAAACCCAUUUCUGCUGUAAACAACAACAAAAGAGAAACAAAGGGAACGGGAACGAGUCAGAGCCAUGAGCGGGGUUUAGCGGUGGCUUAGGGUUUAGGUGCUAAUUUAAUAUUUUUUCAAUUAGAAAUGGGGAUUUUAUCUAAAGUUUGGAAAAAUCGUGACAGUUUUUAAGUUAAACUAAAAGUCAUCAGUACGUCGCCAUGCUUGUGUUGAGACGUACUUUAUGAAUCAAACCUUUGACAUUUUCAGAUGUGGUUAGGGUUAAAAUGAUGACAGCAGAGAUGGCCUUCCAUGCCGACAGCGAGGACCUUCUGUCUGGACCGUAGUGUCUGCAGGUAGUGUGUAGAUGAAGCACAGCACAUUGUACCACUUUUUAGAAAAACACAAACAUGCAGUGGAGCUUUUUUCUAUGGCAGGGGUCAAUUUUUUUACACAAACUGUCUGUUGCUGGGAUGCUCCUGCCCUGCAUGCUUUAACCAAACAGCAGUCGCUGCAGCAGCAGAGCACAUGGAGCGCCUCUUCUAGUGAUGCUGCCACCUGUGGCAGAGUGUGUGUGUAUGUGUGUGUUUCACAUGAUGUAAUCAGAAACAGCGAUGCAGCGUCGGAUGAAGGCCUGCGUGCUGUUUUCUGCAGGUGGCGCUCAGAUCUGUGCUCUGCUCCUGUCAUCAUGGACCACGUAGGUCUGAGUUAGGGUGUGGGGAAGGUGGGUGUACAUUAUUUAAACCACUGUUCUCUGUGUAGCGUGUGGCUGUUGUAUUGUUUUCUGCUAUUUGACAAUGAAUUACUCUGCACUUAC